GUGGUCACUGUACGCGGACAUUUGGCCAAAGGCAGCCUGAGACGCGCUGCGCACAGGCUGCUAUAUAAACUGUGCGGCUGUCAGGUGGGGGACACUGGCAGCUCUGCACUACUCUGCUCUGCUCUGCGCUGGGAGAUUACAGCUCUGCAGAUUACAUUACAAUGUCUCACGCCUGGGGAUACGCAGCGAGUAACGGACCCGACAAAUGGGCCGACAGCUUCCCAAUCGCGAACGGACCCCGUCAGUCUCCCAUCGACAUCGUUCCUGGCGAAGCAUCCUUCGACUCGAAGCUGAAGCCGCUCGUCCUGAAGUAUGACCCGUCCACCUGCCAGGAGAUCCUCAACAACGGCCAUUCCUUCCAAGUGACCUUCGUAGACGACUCCGACAGCUCCACUCUGAAAGAUGGACCAAUCUCAGGGACCUACAGGCUGAAGCAGUUUCAUUUUCACUGGGGGGCUUCAGAUGACAAGGGAUCUGAACACACUGUGGCCGGGACCAAAUACCCAGCUGAACUCCACCUGGUGCACUGGAACACCAAAUAUCCAAGCUUUGGGGAAGCUGCUAGUCAGCCUGAUGGGCUUGCUGUUGUUGGAGUCUUCUUAAAGAUUGGUGCUGAAAAUGCAAAUCUCCAGAAACUUAUUGAUGCAUUUGACUCAAUCAAGACCAAAGGAAAGCAAAGUUCCUUUGCUAACUUCAACCCUGCAACAUUGCUACCUGGCUGCCUAGACUACUGGACUUAUGAUGGCUCUCUAACCACACCCCCUCUCCUGGAAAGUGUUACCUGGAUAGUCUGCAAAGAGCCAAUCAGCGUCAGCUCUGCACAGAUGGGCAAAUUCCGCAGCCUUCUGUUCUCUGCUGAGGGUGAAUCUGAAUGCUGCAUGGUGGACAACUACCGCCCUCCCCAGCCCCUCAAGGGUCGCCCUGUCCGUGCUUCCUUCAAGUAGUUGCCAUCCCCCUCUUUUACCCUUUUACCCUACUUGCCCUUUAUCCAUCCUAUCCCUGCUUUCAUAAGUACCUAUUUUGCAGUAAACCCUAGAAAGAACACAUAUCUUUUUCCGUCCAGUUUUAAAGCUUGAAUUCCAGUAACACCAUUGCAUCCAGGAGGAAACACUGAAUCCACAAAUUUCUUGUAUGUAAGGGAUGUAAGGAAAUGGGAUUUACAUUUAUUUUAUGUAGUAUACCAGCAAGCAAGGCCUGUUAUAAUUCAUUUCUUACAAACAAACUCUUCAUAGUGGCUGAAAUAAUUUCACCAGAAUGGUGCUCUGGAGCUAUCAGGAGGCACAAGCUGUAUAGCUCCAGUCUAUGGGAGAUGAUAAUGCCAUAUCACCAUCUGUGAGGGGGGUGGGGGGUAAGGUGCCAAAGUGAACAAACCAACAUGUAGGACAAUCCGGCUGUCAAUCUUGCUGUAAUCUCUGACUGCCUUGCCGUCCUCCACAGCACAGCAGCUUACUGAAAUGAUGUAACCUCCUCCUUUGCAAGUGAUUGACGUAGAAAAUCCCCCUCUGGCUCACAGACACACACACCAUCACACGUGCAGUCCCAUGCAAACAUGCUGCCUGAAGGCAAUGACCUCCUUAUUGACACAAAUCGUACGGCAGUAUACGGCAUAAGGGCUGUCUUUUUUAUUUUUAUGAUGGAUUGUCUCUUAGAUCCUCCCAGUUCAUGCAUAUUAGGCCUUAAGCAAUUCCUAAAUAAUGCAUUUUGACAAAAAGCUUUUUUCUCAAACCCCUAUAUAGUUAUAGCAGUAAAGAUAAAUCAAAUAUAUUGUAGAGUCCUGAGGUGGUAUAAGCGCACAGUAGACCUAUGUUACAUUGCCAAUGAAGAAACCUUCCUGAGAGGCCAAGCAACUUGCCAAAAGAGAAGAUUAUCCUGUCAGCCUGGUGUCCUCUUGAGAGGAAUGAUCAACAAGAGGCCAUUUAAGACCUCUGAGUGUAGCGUUUCAAAAGAGGGAUGUUUCAUCAGAAAGAUUUGAAUAAACUAUAUAAUGAUAAUAAAAUAUCUAACUGGAAAUCAGUAAUGAGGCUGUCCCAGGUGUGUGAUGUGACUUUUUUGGGUAUGGUCCUUUCCUAGUUGAAUAAAUAUAUUUUA